CCAGACUGGCCUGCCGGGCGGUUUGCAAGUUUCGGAUCACCGAAUCCUGGAAUUUUGAGGCUCCGUUUCUAUGAAAAUUGAACUGCCCGAGUAGUCAGGAAACCCGGAUUUACAGCAGUGAGCGGCGCACGGAUCGAGACAAUUGAAACUCUCUUGCCUACCUCCUUAGACGUCUAUUAGAGAUCAUCACAUUGAUCACUGUAAAGUCAGAGUGGAGGGAGAGUUUAUGAAGAGACAUAAGAGGCAGAAUCCAGAAACUUACAGGUGUCCAAAAAUGAUUGAGAUAGAGCAGGCUGAGGCCCAGCUCUCUGAGUUAGACCUGCUAGCCAGUAUGUUCCCUGGUGAGAAUGAGCUUAUAGUGAACGACCAGCUGGCUUUAGCAGAACUGAAAGCUUGUAUUGAAAAGAGGACAAUGGAGGGACGAUCUUCAAAAGUUUACUUUACUAUCAAUAUGAACUUGGACCUAUCUGAGGGAACAAUGGUGAUGUUUUCUCUGGCCUGUAUUCUUCCCUUUAAAUACCCUGCAGUUCUGCCUGAAAUUACUGUCAGGCAAAUUGAUUUAAUUUUUCCUCAUAUCUUUUCCAUCAGAUCAAUAUUAUUAAGUAGAUCCCAGCAGACUCAGUUGAACACAGAUCUGAACACAUACCUGCAAAAGAAUUGUCUUGGAGAUGUGUGCAUACUGAAUGCCACAGAGUGGGUUAGAGAACAUGGCUCUGGCUAUGUCAGGAAAGAUAUCUCAUCUUCCUCCAUCACAGUAAGCACAGUCCAGGCAGUCGAUCUCAUCCUCACAAGACUGUGGAUCUACAGCCAUCAUAUCUACAACAAAUGCAAAAGAAAGAAUAUUCUAGAGUGGGCAAAGGAGCUUUCCCUGUCUGGGUUUAGCAUGCCUGGAAAGCCUGGUGUUGUUUGUGUGGAAGGCCCACAAAGUGCCUGUGAAGAAUUCUGGUCAAGACUCAGAAAAUUAAACUGGAAGAGAAUUUUAAUUCGCCAUCGAGAAGACAUUCCUUUUGAUGGUACAAAUGAUGAAAUGGAAAAGCAAAGGAAAUUUUCUAUUUUUGAAGAAAAGGUGUUCAGUGUUAGUGGAGCCAGAGGAAACCACAUGGAUUUUGGUCAGCUCUAUCAGUUCUUAAAUGCCAAAGGAUGUGGGGACGUUUUCCAGAUGUUCUUUGGUGUGGAAGGACAAUGAGCAGAAGAGGACUUGAAAGUAUUUGUCGCUGUUGGCUUUUUUAUUUUUCUCCCACCUUUUCUAGAAAGAUUAAGUAAUUUUAUUUUAGCUCAAUUAUAGAUUGCUGAGGGGAGGGAACUAGUGUAGCUGGAAUGCAUCUGUUAAAAAUAUUACUAA